AUGACAGGUAAAGGAGGUGGCAAUGCAGUUUCUGGAAAGUUAUCAAGCCGUGUGAUGAACAUGAAGUUUAUGAGGCAUGUGGACGACCAAGUGGAAGGACAGGAGCAGAAGGGCUAUACCAAGACACCAACGGAUUCUUCUCAAUGGAAGCUAAAGGGUAGUGAAAAGUACCUCAAGAGAAUUUUAAAGCCCAAGCAAAUGACAGUGAUGGGACAUACAGCCGUGCGUAGAUUCAAUUUGGCGGAUAAUAUUGGAGUCGAUGGUAAAGAACAAGAAACUCUUCCUAGUUCAUCGCUUAACAUCGGAAGAAAAGUAUACACUUCAACUGAAAAAACUACUGCUGCCUCUACUACUGCUUCUAUCGAUACACAAGAUCCCAGUGAUUUGGCCCCUGUAGCUAUAAGGAAGAGAACAAGAGAUGAGUCCUUGGAGGAUUUAUGGAAUUCUGGAAAAAAUACCAAAAGACCUAAAAAAGGUAGCAAUACAGAUGUGAGAUCGAAUGCUAAAACCAAGAAGCCUAAAAAGUAA